CGUGUGAACGUCAUGUGACUCGAUCACGGGAGAGUUGCAGUCACAUGAGUGUGUUUGUCUAUUUAAGAGUUUAACAGCGGGUUGUCAUGUUUAUUUCCACACCUGGAAAGAUGCAUCUUGUGUUGGUUUGUUUGCUUUUGGGUGUUUUGGAGGUUUCUGGAGCUCCAGAUGCAGAUGAAAUCAAAUAUCUGCCUGGACUUCCGAAACAGCCCAGUUUCAAGCAUUAUUCUGGAUACUUCAAUGUGGCGGACAAUAAACACCUUCAUUACUGGUUUGUUGAGUCUCAGAAAGAUCCAGCGAAGAGUCCGGUUGUUCUGUGGCUUAACGGAGGACCAGGAUGCAGCUCCUUGGAUGGUUUUCUCACAGAGCACGGACCAUUUCUGAUCCAGGAUGAUGGUGUCACUCUAGAAUACAAUCCUUAUUCUUGGAACAAGAUUGCAAAUGUUUUAUACCUGGAGUCUCCAGCAGGUGUCGGGUUUUCCUACUCUGAUGACAAGAGAUACACAACUAAUGACACCGAGGUGGCCCUGAACAACUACUUGGCUUUGAAAGCGUUCUUCCAGUUGUAUCCGGAGUAUGGUAAUAAUGAGGUUUUCCUAACUGGAGAGAGUUACGCCGGCAUCUAUAUUCCCACACUGGCUGAGAUCGUCAUGGAGGACAAGAGCAUUAAUUUACAGGGUAUUGCUGUGGGCAACGGCUUGUCAAGCUAUGAACUAAAUGACAAUUCCUUGGUCUAUUUUGCAUACUACCAUGGACUUCUUGGGACCAGCUUGUGGAAUGCCCUGCAGACAUCUUGCUGCAAAGAUGGAGUAUGUAACUUCUACAAUAACGAGGAUAUGAACUGCUCUGCUAAUGUGUAUCAAGUACAAAUUAUUGUCUACCAGUCAGGACUGAACAUGUAUAAUCUGUAUGCACCAUGUGCGGGAGGUGUUCCACAGAGAGCAAGCAUUGAAAAUGGGCAGUUCGUAAUUCGAGACCUGGGCCACCACUUCAUCAACUAUGACUGGUCAAAAGCGUGGAAUCAGAAAUUCCGAGGUGUGGUCUCCCUGUUUAAGUCUACGAGGCUUGAUCCUCCAUGCACCAACUCCACCCCAUCUACCCUGUACCUGAAUAACCCAUUAGUGAAGUCUGCCCUCCACAUCUCACCCAAUUCUUUGGACUGGGUCAUCUGCAGCGCUGAGGUCAAUCUGAACUAUAAUCGACUGUUUAUGGACGUGAAGAAACAGUACCUUAAGCUUCUUGGAGCACUCAGAUACCGUGUGUUGGUGUACAAUGGAGAUGUUGACAUGGCCUGCAAUUUCCUUGGAGAUGAGUGGUUUAUAGAAUCACUCCAGCAAGAGGUUCAGGUGCAGCGCAGAACUUGGAUUUAUUUCAAUGGUGACACUCAGCAGGUGGGCGGCUUCGUCAAGGAAUUCUCCAACCUCUCUUUCCUCACAGUGAAGGGUUCGGGCCACAUGGUUCCCACUGAUAAACCCAUGGCGGCCUUCACCAUGUUUACCCGCUUCAUCACCAAGCAACCUUACUAGUCCACACUCAGGAAUUUUUGCGGUCUUUUAAAUCCAGAUUUGCACUGACACCAGUUAAAGGUUUGCAUAGUUGGACCACUGACUGUAUUAUGUUGUCACUUUGUUUUCUCUACCACUUUGGCGUCAAAAACGGAUCAAAUUAUCCACCGUACACUAUGUAGUUUAAAUUGCUAUUCUUCUGAAUUGGAUAAUUAGAUCAUAAUGGAGUGUUCGAGGAACUUUCAGUUUAAGAUGCUGUUUAAGUGUUUGUCCAUUUAAACUGAAUCAGAUCUAUACAAAAUGAGUGGAUGCAGACCGUAAGCAGUCUAUUGCACAGUUUUAGCUUAUUGUGUCUAUUAAAUGUGAAAUUGUAACUUUUUGUAUUUUUUCCUUUUUUUUAUAUUUUGCAGCUGUAUUGAAUUUUCAUGAAUGGAACCAAUGAAUGCCUUGUUGCACUAAUUGUUGCCUUUUUGUUCUGGUGUCAUUUUAUUCUCACUUGCUUAAUGGUUUUUCAAAUAAAUUUAUUGUACGAACUGUGGUACGUUUGUGCUCCCAACAGAAUAAACUUUGGCUUUUUUUUUUUUUUUUUUUUGGUGAUUUCUAGUCAAAUUGAUUUUUAUUUAAAAAAAAGAGGUGCACGAAUCAAGUUUAAUCACAUUUCAGUCAUCCGAAAUGUUUGAGAUGCAACCAAAGUGUGUGUGUGUGUGUGUGUGUGUGUGUGUGUGUGUGUGUGUGUGUGUGUGUGUGUGUGUGUGUGUGUGUGUGUGUGUGUGUGUG